AUGGCUUCCCCACCUGCCAACGGGCCCUGGUCCUCGAGCGGCGGAUCAUCGUCCCCGCGAAAAAAGUCCCGAUGGCUCAAUUCGCGCAGCAAGGGUUAUACGUCGCUACAAGAUACUCCUUCAGACGGAGAUCCUGAAGCAAUAGUAGACGACCGCUCCCAUCCUCAACAUCAUGCCGAAGACGAUGGAUUUCGUGGUGAUAACGCCGAUACAACACCGGCCAGCGGAGACGGAUCUUCGAGCGACGAGGACGCCAAUGUGAAACUAUUGCCGAACAAGAAACAACUUUCUUCCAAGGCGCCAAGCCAACAGACACCUGCGGCUGCAGGCGAAGAAACACAAUUCAUUGACGUACCUCGCGAACAACGCAAUGUGGGCGAUCGCAUCGAACGACUUCUCAGGUCGGAACGGAACGCGCUGUCAGAUUCAUUCAAUACAGACCUUGAAGACGCAGACUCACUGGAUAAUUCACUCAUUCUCAGCGACGAUGAAGAUGACGGGUAUGGUGUGCCAUUGGAUAAGGGUGACCGAGACAAAUGGGAGAGACAGAGGCGCAUCAAGCGUGGUUACUGUGGCUCUGUCUGGAGGAGAUGUUUUCGUGUGCAAUCGUGGUGGCAGAUCUUUUUCUUGGUCUCGAUUGGUCUGGUGAUGAUGUGGCUUGCGAUGAAGGGUCUAAGAAGGUUCCGUCGUGGAAAAGCAGCAACGGAAUACCGGCCUCUGCCUUGGUAUCCAACCCCGCUUGGUGGGACGAGUGAGAAGUGGCAUGAAAGUUAUUCGAAAGCCGAGGAUCUGGUGGGGGAAAUGUCCCUUCUUGAGAAGGUCAAUAUCACGACGGGGACGGGCUGGCAGAUGGGUCUUUGCGUUGGGAAUACGGGCCCCGCAGAGCGGAUGAAUUUCCCUUCCCUUUGUCUCCAGGAUGGCCCACUAGGCCUGCGAUAUGCCGAGAAUAUCACCGCAUUUCCCGCAGGUAUCACUACCGGAGCAACAUGGAACCGUAAGCUCAUGUGGGCCCGAGGCUUUGCGAUGGGAUUAGAAGCCAAGUUGAAAGGCGUAAAUGUUCUUCUCGGCCCGUCCAUGGGGGCUUUGGGAAUGAUGCCGGCAGGCGGUCGAAACUGGGAGGGAUUCGGGUCUGAUCCAAUCCUGCAGGGAGUUGCAGCAGCAGAGACAAUCCGAGGCAUUCAGCGUAACGGGGUGAUGGCGACUGCAAAGCACUUCGUGCUGAAUGAACAGGAACACUUCCGUCAGCCAAAUGCGUGGGGCAUUCCCUCCGCUCUGUCAUCCAACAUCGAUGACCGCGCAUUGCACGAAGUCUUCAUCUGGCCAUUCGCUGAAAGCGUGCGUGCAGACGUGGCGAGUGUCAUGUGCUCCUAUCAGAUGGUCAACAAUAGUUAUGCCUGUGAAAACAGCAAGCUUCUCAACGGUAUUCUCAAGGACGAGCUCGGUUUUCAAGGUUUCGUACAGUCCGACUGGCUCGCCCAGCGGUCCGGCGUCCACAGUGCCUUGGGUGGCUUGGACAUGAGUAUGCCCGGUGAUGGCCUCAUUUGGGCCGAUGGCAACUCGCUCUGGGGCAGUCAGUUAACCCGUGCAGUGCUAAAUACGUCUGUCCCCAUCGACCGAUUGAACGACAUGGUCAGUCGCAUUGUGGCGGCCUGGUAUCACUUUCGCCAAGACUCAUGGGAACUUCCUCCGCCAGACGGUGAAGGCGGUCCAAACUUUUCAUCAUGGACCCAUGACCGUAUUGGUCAUCUUUAUGAAGGGAGCCCUGGGGAUGAAACGACCGGCGUGGUCAAUCACUUUGUUAACGCGCAGGGACAUGGAGAGCAUGCGCACUCUCACAUUGCCCGUAAGGUGGCUGCUGAAGGCACUGUCCUUCUUAAGAACACCAAUGGCACGUUACCGCUCUCCCGUGAGAUUUCCAAACCCGGUGGUAAAUACCGAGUCGGCAUCUAUGGGGAGGAUGCCGGUCCUGGUAAAGGACCCAAUGCCUGUCCAGACCGUGGCUGCAACCAAGGCACUCUCGCUGAGGGCUGGGGUAGCGGAGCAGUCAACUUCCCCUACCUGGUCAGUCCAUGGGAAGCUCUUGAAUCAGCGUGGCCCUCGAAUACAGUGGAUACUCAAGGCUACCUGACAAAUAACGUUGCGAUCGAAGAUCUGAUACAUCAGGAUCUGUGCUUGGUUUUCGCCAACUCUGAUGGGGGAGAGGGGUUCAUCGAGUACGAGGGCAUUGCUGGAGACCGAAAUGAUCUGCUCCUGCAGAAAAAUGGGGCCCAUCUCGUGGAAACCGUAGCUAAGAACUGCGGCGGGGGGCAGGGGAGAACAGUGGUCAUCGUUCAUGCCGUCGGUCCUGUCGUGAUGGAGUCCUGGGUUGAUCUACCCGGAGUGCACGCCAUCAUCUACGCAAAUCUACCCGGUCAAGAAAGCGGCAAUGCCCUGAAAGAUGUGCUGUUCGGGGAUGUCGAUGCCAGUGGCCGACUGCCCUACACCAUCGGUCGCAGUCUUGAAGACUAUGGUCCUGGCGCUCAAGUGCUUUACGAGACGCACGAUUCUGUCCCGCAAGUCAAUCUCAACCAAGCUCUGUACAUCGACUACCGAUACUUCGAUCGAUAUAACAUCACUCCGCGGUUCGAGUUUGGCUUCGGCCUUUCUUACACGACCUUCAACUUCUCUUCUCUUCACAUUGAACCCCUGAUGCCGAAAUCACGCUUUCCUUCUUCACGUCCUAAAGAUGAAUACGAACCGCCCGUCUACGACAACUCACCUGAAUCUCCAAUCAUGACCAUGGUACCACCCUGGCUCCGCGUUAUCCCCAAAUACAUAUACCCCUAUCUCACCUCCCUCUCGGGAACCGACCCGGGCGAUUAUCCCUAUCCAGAUGGCUACAACGACAAGCAGCCCCCAUCCCCGGCAGGCGGCGGACCGGGCGGCAAUCCAUUCUUGUACGAGGCCAUGCUCGAGCUCUCCGUGAACGUCACCAACACCGGUGCCCGAGCAGGCCAAGAGGUCAUCCAGGUCUAUGUUUCCUUCCCGGAUAAUGUGGUCGAACAUCGCAGUUUGCAGCAUUGGACUCGCGAAGCGAUUGAUUUUCCUGUUCGUGUCCUGCGCAACUUUGAGAAGGUCUCUCUUCAGCCUGGUGAAACUACCACCGUCAAUAUGACCCUGUCCCGGAAGGAUCUCAGUUACUGGAGCGUUCGCUCCCAGAAUUGGAUCUUGCCUACCGAGGGUAGCUUCCGGAUUUGGGUCGGGAGGAGCUCGAGAGAUUUGCCUCUUGUCGCUGAAUUUUAG